CUUUAAAAGGUUGAACUCGCCAGGCUACGGUCCACGAACACUGGAUUGUACUCCCAGUCGGCUCAGCUGUGCGAAUACUACCUUCCAGCAGUGACAUGGCAUAGAGGCGGUGUGCUGUCAGCAGCAGCAGCAGCAGCAGCAUCAUCCUGCACCAUGGACGCUCUCCGACAACCGAAGCGGAGCGGAGCCUUCGCCGCACUGGACACCAUGAUGCCCGUCGUUUGGAUAUUACUGAGCGCGGUGUCAGGACUGAAGGCGGAGGAUGGCGGAAUGGAAGAGCUUACCACCGAGAAGGAGGCUGAGGAAAGUCACCGACAGGACAGCGUUAAUUUGCUGACAUUCAUUUUACUGCUGACCUUAACGAUUCUCACCAUAUGGCUCUUUAAGCACAGACGGGUCCGUUUCCUUCACGAAACCGGACUGGCAAUGAUUUACGGUUUGCUGGUAGGUGUGAUUCUGCGGUAUGGCAUCCCUGCCACCAGCUACCACAACAAGACACCCCCAAGCUGCUCACUGAAGGAAGGACCUGUCAGCACCCUGCUGCUCAAUGUCAGCGGCAAGUUCUUUGAGUACACCCUCAAAGGCGAAAUCAAUUCCAGAGAGAUUCAUAAUGUGGAGCAGAAUGAUAUGCUGCGCAAGGUGACAUUUGACCCUGAAGUAUUCUUCAACAUAUUGCUGCCUCCAAUUAUUUUCCACGCUGGGUACAGUCUAAAGAAGAGACACUUUUUCAGGAAUCUGGGCUCCAUCAUAACCUAUGCGUUUCUUGGGACUGCCAUCUCAUGUUUUGUUAUUGGGAAUCUGAUGUACGGUGUGGUCAAACUGAUGCAAGUGGUCGGACAGCUAACUGACAAGUUCUACUACACCGACUGUCUUUUCUUUGGUGCCAUCAUCUCGGCCACAGAUCCAGUGACGGUGUUGGCCAUCUUCAAUGAGCUCCACGCAGAUGGGGAUCUGUACGCUCUGCUGUUUGGAGAAAGUGUUAUGAAUGACGCAGUGGCCAUUGUGCUUUCCUCGUCUAUUGUGGCCUACCAGCCCAGUGGAGCAAACACACACAUGUUUGAUGCCUCAGCCUUCUUCAAGUCAGUGGGGGUUUUCCUGGGGAUUUUCAGCGGCUCCUUUGUGAUGGGUGCAGCCACAGGAGUCGUCACCGCUCUCGUCACCAAGUUCACCAAGCUGCACUGUUUCCCGUUGCUGGAGACGGCCCUCUUCUUCCUCAUGUCUUGGAGCACCUUCCUGCUAGCCGAAGCCUGCGGCUUCACAGGCGUCGUGGCCGUGCUGUUCUGUGGCAUCACGCAGGCUCACUACACCUACAACAACCUCUCUGCGGAGUCCACAAUACGCACCAAGCAGCUCUUCGAGGUCCUUCACUUCCUGGCUGAGAACUUCAUCUUCUCCUACAUGGGGUUGGCUCUGUUCACCUUCCAGAAUCACAUUUUCAGCCCUAUUUUCAUCAUAGGGGCUUUUCUUGCCAUAUUCAUUGGAAGAGCUUUCAACAUUUACCCGCUGUCCUUCCUGCUCAACCUCGGCAGAAGGCACAAGAUCAAAGGAAACUUCCAGCAUAUGAUGAUGUUUGCAGGUCUACGUGGAGCGAUGGCGUUCGCUUUGGCCAUCCGGGACACGGCCACCUACGCCCGCCAGAUGAUGUUCACCACCACGCUGCUCAUUGUCUUCUUCACUGUCUGGGUGUUUGGCGGUGGGACGACACCUAUGCUGUCCUGGCUACACAUCAGCUUUGCAUUGCAGGAAGAGCGACGCCAGCAUGGAAAGUGGCAGUACUUCAGUGUUGGUGUAGACCCGGAUCAAGAUGCGGGGCCAUGUGGAGACAGCUUCCAGGUCUUACAGGGGGAUGGCCCCCAGGCUGAAGGACAAAGUAAAACCAAACAGGAGAGUGCUUGGCUCUUCAGACUGUGGUACACCUUUGAUCACAAUUAUCUGAAGCCCAUUCUGACACACAGCGGCCCGCCUCUCACCUCCACUCUGCCCGCCUACUGUGGGCCGCUGGCGAGCUGUCUGACCAGCCCCCAGGCAUAUGAGAACCACGAGCAGCUGAGGGACCACGACUCUGACCUCCGUAACGACAGCGACCUGACGUUCACCUUCGGCGACACUGCCAUCACAGCCAACGGGGCGUCGGGCGGUGGCGCCGACGCGGCCGGAGGCUCGGGCUGGAGCGCCAACGGCAAAAGGAGCGGCAGCACCUCCGAGGAGGCGCUGGAGCGCGAGCUGGACUCCCGCGAGCAGGAGCUGCUGAGCCGCGGCACGCGCCUGGUUUUCCCCAUCGAGGAUCACAUCUGACCCUCGCCCUCCUUUUGCCUGCACCGCCAACCUCCCUGACCUGACCCCCAGACCACCUCGCCCUCAGCCCCCCACCAACACAUCUUGCAGGCAGAACGUCCAGUCCUUCAGAGAUAAGACCGAGAGGACAUGUGGGAAUAGAUUAGAGGGGGAGGGUUCCCUCCAGGCCCGGGAGCAGAGCUCAAGGAGCAUUUCAUCCUCAUUACAGAGCUGGAGUUUUUUUUGUUUUGUUUUUUAUCUCCAGAAGACAUGUGUCCUCUAGAGCGUCAGGAGAUCGUGCUGUUAUACUGCGAUUUUACUGAUGGUUUCCGUAAACAGGAGGGACACCUCUAUGCAGGAUGUGAGGACAAAAUAAAAUAUCCACAUAUGAGAUUCAGUCUGCUUUUUUGAAAAUGUUUAGCUGGAGUGGAAAAGAAGAAGAGAAAACCACCACACAGCUGAGAAAAGGCUCUCUCUGCAAUCACACCCCAUCUACAUGUAGAUUCAGAAAUGAGGCCACACUAACCAAACUUGAAUAGUUUAUAGAUCAAACCGAGUUCUCUGGCAUAUUUGUACCAUUCAUCUGAAGCUGCUAAUAGACCAGUGUUUGGUAUGUUUGUGAGGAUGUCCUUUGUUUCACACAAACCUAUCUGUGUGGAGGAGACUGUGGCAUGUGAGAGAGCGGGCCAGUGGAUGUGUUCCCCUCUCAGCCUACACAGCCUGUCAUGGGCAAAGUAACGGGGGUGAAGAAUGUGAGCAUGUAAAUAGCUACAAUGCAGAGCUUUGUUCCUCUCUAGUGGGACCGCUUCUUUCAGUGCAUUACAUCCCAUGACUGUUACAAAUGUGUAUCGAGUCUUUGAACUGGAUCUUUUUCUGUGUGCUGGGCUGGUUUUCAUAACAAUAACACGAACAAGGAACGCAAGGGUUUUGAUGCUAAUUGUAUUGUUUCUUAUGAGAUAAUGCUGAUUUCCUAAAACUGUAAAAACAGACAUGAGAUGUGCCCUCUGAGCAAUUUCAGCACUGUGAAAUAAAGAGCAGGUCUUCAUCAUAAUUUGGAACGCUU